AUGGCGCUAGACAGCUCCAGCCCCUGUCCGGGGUCCCUGGAGACCCUGGACCUCACUCGCGAACAUACCUUCACGACGCCCGCCAAGAAGAUCCAUGAGGGGCAGGAUGUGCAGGCCUUUCUAACGAGCAAAGCUUACACUGACAUAAUGACCUUUCUCCUGCAGCUUAACCGGGCCAUGUUCCCCCGAAAGGUGGCUCAGAAAGUCCAAUCCUGGCCACUAAACUCGGAUGCGGUCGAAUUCUCAGAGCCUGUCCGCCGCCUGCAGCUCCUAUUGUCGAAGCUGGAGAGCAUCAUCGAGGAAGCGCCCCCGGACACAGGACCCCGACGGUUCGGAAACAUUAGCUUUCGCAAGUGGUAUCAGAUCGUGGAGAGUCGGGUUUCUGACCUCCUUGACGAGUGCCUCACUCCCGACGUCCUCGGAGCCACAAAUCCUGCCGCGGAGCCAGAGUCGCCGACAGCGAAGACAGAGCUGACAGCCUAUUUCCUCGGUAGCUUUGGAAGCGCACAGAGACUGGACUAUGGCACUGGCCACGAGCUAAGUUUCCUGGCGUUCCUAGCUUGCCUAUGGAAGCUCAAUGCCUUCCCUAAAGCAGAUCCGGGCGUGGAAGAGAGGGGUAUCGUGCUGGGGGUGGUGCAGCCCUAUCUAGAACUCGUCCGAAAGCUGAUCAAGACAUACACUCUCGAGCCGGCCGGUUCCCACGGAGUCUGGGGUCUUGAUGACCACUCCUUUAUCCCGUACAUCUUUGGCUCUGCCCAGCUCUCCCCUGCCAUCUCCGAGUCUGAUCAGACCCCGGUGGAAGGAUCGCUGCCAGACGCGCCGUCUCCAACGGCCGUAGCGAAAGCUGAGGCUGUAGAGAGGGAGAGGAAAUCGAACAUGUAUUUCUCCGCGAUCGGGUUUAUAUACGACGUGAAGAAGGGUCCGUUCUGGGAGCACAGCCCGAUGCUGUACGAUAUAUCUGGAGUCCAAGCGGGAUGGGGGAAGAUCAACAAGGGCAUGAUCAAAAUGUAUAACGCGGAGGUGCUCUCCAAAUUCCCCGUGGUGCAGCACUUUCCAUUCGGGUCUUUGCUGAGCUGGGACCGCGAUCCCAAUGCCGUCCCUCCACCACCGACAACCCAUAGCAUGGCAGCAUCGCAACAGGCCGUCCCAUCCCCUACCGCGACAUCAGUUCCCGGCCCCGGCACUGGCACAAGAGCUCCCUGGGCAAAUGGAGGGCAACCCGGUUCUGCCGUCCCAGGAGCAACUACCGCACCCUGGGCAUCUGCACGGCCACCAGGCGGCACACCACCCGCGCCAUCGGCCACAACCACCACACGACCAAGUAUAAAUACCACCCUGCCAGAUACCUCCCGAACACCAGGACCCAUGCAACCUACCCGGGCGCCAUGGGCAACAGGUACAGGUACAGGCUCAGCUCCUCGUCAACAACCACCAGCAGCAGGUUCUGGCGACGAAUCCUCGCGAUCCAUACCCGCGCCAACAAGAGCUCCAUGGGCGAAACCUUCCUGA